CGUGAAUGUGUGAUGACAGUUGGUUUAAAUAUUUCAAUAAUAAUAAUAAAAAGAAAGGCUUGUGAAUUCAGGAAACUAAUUGUGUUUUUCGGUUAUGAACCUUUUAUCAAGCUGUGAUGUAAUUUAUCAUGUAAAAACUGUAUGUAACUGUCACAUUGCACAGUUUGUACAUUUGUUUUGAUUGCGUGGUUGUUGUUUUUUUCUGUAUUUGAUUUUUUUUGGGGGGUAUUUUUCUUUGCUUUGUUUGACUCUAAUAAAAAGAAGCUUGCGAGCUGGAGCAACCUUCAGACGCGCUGCACGCAAAUAGCUCGAGAGUCGCUUGCCGAAGAGGGCGCGGUCAACACCGGAAGCGGGAGCGUGCCGAGCGGAAGUGGUGUUCACGACAGCGUCUUUGAUGCACUUCGUGGUCUUUGGUCACGCUCAGAUGGCGCACAUCGCAAAGGGCGUCGUGCGCGUCGCGGCGGUGUCGCUUCAAUCGCGUGACGCCGGAACGCGCCGGUACUCGACGCGAUACGGCGCGCCUCGCGCGACAGCGCCCUCUUUCCCCGAGGUGGCCGCCGCGGGCAACUACAGCCGGGCCGCAGAAGCCGUCGGCGGGUCGGCGGUUGCCAGCUCGCGCCGGAUGCUCUGCGCUCGCGCGGUGCUCCACUGCAGGGCGCCCACGCCGAACGGCCGCCCUCGCCCGCGCAUGGCGGCGUGAGCGAGGAUGCGAGUGCCGAGCUCCAUCCUUUUGUCGGUGUCCCUGUUCACGGCCGAGACCAGCGCGGCGCUGUACCUGAGCUCCACGUACCGAUCGGCGGGGGACGAGGCGUGGCAGCAGCUCACCCUGCUCUUCUCGCUGGUUCCGUCCAUGCUGGUGCAGCUGGCCCUCAUCUUCUUCCACCGGGACCUGGGCAGGGACAGGCCCUUCGUCCUGCUGCUGCACAUGCUGCAGUUCGGACCCAUCGUCAGGUGUUUGGAGGCGUUCUGGACCUACGGCAGCACGGGCCGCGUGGAGGAUCCGUACGUCAGCAUCACCAGGAAGAAGCAGAUGCCCCGGCGGGGCCGGCCGGAGGAGGUGGAGCGGCAGGUGGGCCAGGCCGAGGGCAAGCUGGUGACGCACCGGGCGGCCUUCGCGCGCACCGCCGUCAUGCAGGCCUUCCUGGGCUCGGCGCCGCAGCUCACGCUGCAGCUCUACAUCUGCGUGCUGCAGCGAGAAGUCUCCGUCGGAAGAGGCGCGCUGAUGGUCAUCUCCUUGCUGUCCAUCGUGUACGGCGCCCUCCGCUGCAACAUCCUGGCCAUCAAGAUCAAAUACGAAGAGUACCAAGUGACCAUGAGCCCGUCGGCCUACCUGUGCAUCUUCCUGUGGCGCAGCUGCGAGAUCGCCAGCCGCGUGGUGGUGCUGGUUCUGUUCAGCUCGGUGCUCAAAAUCUGGGUGCUGCCCGUGGUCCUGGUCAACUUCCUGGCUUAUUUCUUGUACCCGUGGGUCCUGUUCUGGAGGAGCCACUCGCCGUUCCCGCAGCACAUCGAGAAGACUCUGACGCACGUGGGCACCGCCGUGGUGCUGUGCAUGCUCACCUUCCUCUACUCCGGCAUCAACAUGUUCUGCUGGUCGGCCGUGCAGGUGAAGCUCAGCGACCCGGACCUGAUCAACAAGUCCCAGAACUGGUACCGCAUGGUGGUGUACUACAUGCUGCGCUUCAUCGAGAACGCCUCGCUGCUGCUGCUGUGGUACAUCUACAGGACGGACUUCUACGAGUUCAUGUCGGCGCCGCUGCUCAUGCUGCUGGUGCUGUUGGCGUACGCCGCCUGCAUCUUCUUCAUGCUCAUCUUCUACCAGACCUGCCACCCGUGCCGCCGGCUCUUCACCUCCAGCAUGGGUCAGAGCUUCGAGGACUGCUGCGCCCUCCUCUGCCUGUCGUGCGCCUCGCCGGAGUCGAGCCCCGAGGCCGGCAAGGAGCUCGCGCCGGACCGCGUGCGUUACGACACGCCCGACGACGACGGGGUCGGAGAAGCGGCGAAGGGCGGCGCCGCCUGACUCCUUAUUGCGCCGCGCUGGCAUCGGACUCUUUUCCUACCGCUCUGACAGCACGCGUCCUCAAAUCUUCGUCACGUCAAUUCAUUUUUUUGCACUUUGUUGAUGUCGCUCUGUCGCCUGCAGGUAAGCUACAAUUCUAAAAAAAAAAGAUGUUUCAAAUGGGGUGGGGAGUAUUGUAAAUAUUAGAAAGUGAAAAUAUUUGCAAGCUGCUGCCAAAAAAGUUGGAUGCAGUGGCGCCUUAUGGUAUCAAGUCAUCUUUCCUCGUUAAAAUGAACGGAAUGCGAUUAAUGUGGUCCAGCCACUGCAAAAAAAAACACGGGAAUAAUAAUCUCACUAAUGUGCCCACCAAACGCAGGAAGUGUAAUACGCUGCAACGAUCAAUCGAUUAUCAAAAGAAUCCAUUUUGUAAACUGAUUUUUUUCAGUCGUGGCGGCACAGCUGGUCAAGUGUUGGCCUCACAGUUCUGAGGACCCGGGUUCGAUCCUGGCCCUCCCUGUGUGGGGGUUGUAUGUUUUCCCUGUGCCUGCGUGGGUUUUCUCCAGGGAUUUCGGUUUCCGGACACUCUAAAUUGCCCCUCGGUGUGAUUGUGAGAGCGGCUGUUUGUCUUGUUGUGCCCCGUGAUUGGCUGGCGACCAGUUCAGGGUGUACCCCGCCUCCUGCCUGUUGACAGGUGGGAUAGGCUCCAGCACACUCCACGACCCUCGUGAGGAUAAGCGGCUUGGAUAACAUGGAUGGAGUUGCAAAGCUUUUCUCAAUCUGUACUGAGAUGACAAAUGCAAGAAAAUGAUGCACUGAAUUGAUUCCAAAUGCCUCCCAAAACAAACUUGUAUAAAUGCAGCGAGCUUUGUUGCACAAAAGGACCCAAAAAAAAAAAAGUCGAAUCACGCAAUUGUCCACACUAGGAAGGAAAAAAAAAAGCUCAGUGACGAUGUGUGCAUGCAUUGAGCCUCGAUUUCCUAUUUGGGUUGAUGGCUUGCUUCAAUUUUUGCUCGUUUUUCUUACCUCAGCGAUGAAAGCUUUACAAUACGUACCACUGCUGUGUCGUACUGCAUUUGAGAUCAACAGCCAAACACGAGACGAACGCACAAAUUGUGUUUUUUGCACGUUUACACAAGCGUCCC